AUGGCUGGGGCUCAGCGGAGCCCCCCGGCCCCCGGCGGCCUCCCCGGCCGGCCCGGGGGGCUCAUGGCGGGCAGGGACCCCGAGCUGCCCGGAGCCGGCCCCGCGCUCUGCCCGCCCGUUCUUCUCCCUCGGCGAUGCCGGAGCAGACGUCACCGGCUCCAAACCGUGUUCAGCGGCUGGCGCUGCCCCGAGCCCCCCCCCCCACCCCCGUCCCCCCCGCCCGCCCCUGCGCUCCCGCUCGGGCGGCAGCGCUGCCCGGAGCCCCCCGGUCUGAGCCCCGUGGGGACCCCGCACCGAGCUCCGAGGGGACCCCGCGUCCCGGCCCCUCGGGCUGGCCGUGAUAACCGGGCGGGAACCGCACAGGGCUCGAACUACGAAGCGUGGCGUGCCCGUGCCUCAGUUUCCCCCACCGCAUCCCCCGGUCCCGGCGCGCGGGACGAGUCCGUUGUUUCACGGACGGAGCUGCGUGUCCGGGAGCGCUCGGUGCCCCCCGGCUCCACCAUCCGUGACCCCCGAGUUCCCGUGGGUGCCGGGACAGCCGCCAUGCAGCGCGAUGGGGAUGCGGCGGCGGCGGCCGCGGCCUCGUACCGGGUGCUCAGCCGGCUGCUGGGCUAUGGCACCGGGCCGGAGGCGGGCGCGGCGGGCGGCGCCGGUGCCGGUACCGGCGCGGGGAGCGCGGGGCCCGGCGGCGGGGGGAGGUUGCCGGGGAUCGGGCCGGCGCUGCGGAGCCCUCGGCCGCAGCUGAUGGUUUUCCGCAACGCGGCGGCCGAGGGCCGGCCCGGCGAGGACUGCGGCCCGGCGGCGGCGGCGGCGGCGGCGGCGGGCGGGGGGAUCCCGGGGGGCGGCGGGGCCGAGCUGUGCCCGCGGCACCGCUGCGCUCUGGAGCCCAAAGCGGGGACGGGCUGGGGAGCGGCGGCGCAGAACGGGCUGGAGCUGCAGCUGGCGGCGCUGGGGCUGCGCCCACCGGGGCUGGGGGCGAAGGGGGCGGCGGGCGCUCCCUGCCCGUGCCUCGGGCCGCCCGCCGGCGAGGAAACCAGCGAUGCUCUGCUGGUGCUCGAAGCGCUGGAGCCCGACGAGGGUGGCAGCGGCUCCGAGGACGAGCCGGGGUCCCCCGGCCGCGGGGCAGCCCGUGCCGCCGGCAGAGCCGCAGCUCCCGGCCCCGCUCCGCUGCCCGCGGGCACCGGCCCCGGCCCCGGUCCCGGCCCCGGUCCCGGCCCCGGCGGCAGGAAGGGCUCGCUCCGCAUCCGCCUCAGUCGCCUCUUCCGCACCAAGAGCUGCAGCGGCGGAUCGGCCACCGGGGACGCCGCCAGCGCCGCCGCCUCGGCCGGGAGCCUGACGGAUGUGUGCGGGGCCCGCGGCCGGGAGCAGGAACCGGGCAGGAAACACCGCCUGACCAGAACCCAAAGUGCCUUUUCCCCGGUUGUGUUCAGCCCCCUCUUCACAGGUGAGACCGUGUCUCUGGUGGAUGUGGACAUUUCCCAGCGGGGGCUCAGCUCCCCUCACCCCCCGACCCCGCCCCCACCGCCACGCCGGAGCCUCAGCCUGCUGGAUGAUUUCAGCGGGACGCUGCCCCCGGUGCUGCCGGGCUCCUCCCUGCACUCCUUCCCUCUGCCCCCGCCGCCCCCGCCCCACGCCCCAGACGCCUUGCCCCGGGCCGUGUCCCUGCGGCCACCGGAGGUCCCGGGCCAGCAGCCCCCGGCCCUGCAGUGUCCCCUGGCCCGCCCCGACCCCGGCAGCUUCGCCGCCAGCCUGAGGGAGCUGGAGAAGUGUGGCUGGUACUGGGGCCCCAUGACCUGGGAGGACGCGGAGAUGAAGCUGAAGGGAAAAUCCGACGGCUCCUUCCUGGUGCGGGACAGCUCCGACCCUCGCUACAUCCUGAGCCUGAGCUUCCGCUCGCAGGGCGUGACCCAUCACACCCGCAUGGAGCACUACCGGGGAACCUUCAGCCUGUGGUGCCAUCCCAAGUUCGAGGAUCGCUGCCAGUCCGUGGUGGAGUUCAUCAAGAGGGCGAUCAUGCAUUCCAAGAACGGGAAAUUCCUCUACUUCCUGCGCUCCAGGGUUCCAGGUCUCCCUCCGACGCCCGUCCAGCUCCUCUAUCCCGUCUCCAGGUUCAGCAACGUCAAAUCCCUGCAGCACCUUUGCCGCUUCCGCAUCCGACAGCUCGUCCGGAUCGACCACAUUCCCGAGCUCCCCCUGCCCAAGCCCCUGAUCUCCUACAUCCGUAAGUUCUACUACUACGACCCGCAGGAGGAGCAGUACCUGUCCCUCAAGGAGGCCCAGCUCAUCUCCCGACACAGGCAGGAGCCGGAAUCCUCCGUGGAAUCUUCCACGUAGCAGAGGGAGCGGCACCCACGGAAUUUGGUUGUUGCCCUCCUGCCAUGCUGGGGACGAGGCCAAGCUCCUGCUGCCGCUGCUCCUGGAGGAGAGGGCCCAGCAUUCCCGGGAAUCCCAGCGUUCCCAGGAAUCCCAGCAUUCCCAGGAAACCCAGCAGAGCAGGAUCCAGAGUCGCAGCUCCUGGGAAAAGAAAUCCUGGGGGAACCGAGCCCGGCCCCGCGAGAUCCCCGCGGAACAAAGAAUGUCAUGGCACUAUUCCCAAGUUUUCCUGGAAGAUUUCAGUUUGGAUGUUUCUGGAAUUUUUUUUUUUUUAAUUUUUUUUUUUUUUUUUUGGAUUUUCAGCAUGAGGAAAGAAA